UAUUACAACUCUUAUUAUCAUCAUUGUAAAACAAAAGUAAAAGCUUUUUUUAUGCUAAGGGUCCACUAUUAAUAUUCUGUAGUUGUGAAAUUUGAAGGUUUUUACUGAUAACAAAAUAUCCGUUUUACUAUUUUGAAUUAUUGGCAUACUCUGAAUCUAAAAUAUGGCGAAAUUUCAGAAUCCAAGAUGGGAAAGUGUGCCUGCUUGCCUUGUAUGGCCGGAUAUAGAUUACGAAGAAAGUUUACAGAGAUCCCAUCAGAAACAAACAAACGAGACUGGAGAAACAGCAGUAAAGAGGUUGAGAGUUCGGGCCAUAAAUCCUCAUAAUUCACUUAAGGUAGCAUACACCGUAAACAGAAACGGAGAUAAGAUGAUUACUAGAGAAGAAAUGAAAAGAGUAGUGAAUUUUUCGAUGCCUUAUCCUGCUAAACUAUCAGCCAAAGAUUAUAAAGAAUUAUUACUCAUCUUAGAUCCACUUCAUACGAAUUUAAUUAAACUAGAAGACUUUUUAAAUCUGUUUAAACCUGAAUCUGUUUGCGACUUGGAAAACUCGAUUAAAAAAGUUAGUACGAGUAGCUUACAAAGACAUGAACCUCUCACUCUGUUGAAACUUGAUGAAAAAAUAAGAUAUAGCAUCAAAACUCAAACAGAGAAGUUAUUGAAAGCUUUUACUUUUUAUGAUUUCGAAAAUACUGGUAUGGUUUCGAAACAGCAUGUCAAAUAUUUGCUUCAGAAACAUUGUAUGCCACUUUCCGAUAAGCAGUUCGAACGGCUGUGGAAAAUAUUUCCCGUUGAGAAUGGUGCAUUGAAUUACAUACGAUUUCUAGAAGACUUUGGAGAUUGUAAACCCAACGAUUCAAUGAGUAAUUACAGAAUAAAAACAAUUUCACGAACAUUGGUCUGUUCAUCUUCUAAGUCAAAAUACGAACCUUCAAUUCAAAAAUUGAGAAAUGCAUCUGAAUGCCAUUGCGAAAUUGAAGGAAAGCAAUUUAAUGAUAUCAAGAUAAUAUUGAGAAACUGCAUUGAAAAAAAUUGGCAUGAUAUAAUUCGGAAAUGUAAAGAAGCAGAUCCACGGCAAUCGGGUCGCAUUGCAUCAGAAUCUAUGAAGGAAGUGCUAAAUCAGUGCGGAAUUCCAGUCUACAGUGAAUUUAUGAAUAACUUUUUAGAACGACAAUACAAUAUGGUUCCUGGAACACUCAUGAACUACUGGCAAUUUAUUAAAAAUAUUAGUAAUAAUUCAUACCACCGUUCUCAGUACGAAUGUUACAAUUCGAACAAAUCCGAUCAAGUAGAAAUGCAAAUAUACCGUAAAGAAAAACCUGAUUAUCUCACCAUACCUGAAGAAGCAGCAUGGUCUACUCUCCCAGCUCCUCCAAACUACGAUCUUUUGCUAAAGAAAUUGAUAGAUUGUUCGUGGCGCAAGAUUAUCUAUAAAUGUCGCACGAUGGAUGUUAAAGAGAGUGGAAAUAUUUCCUGUGAAAAAUUUAUGACAAUAUUGGCAAACUGUGGUAUUCCUGUUACAAAUCGAAAUCUUAGCAGAAUACUUCAAGAAAUAUAUAGCAUUAUACCAGGAAAGAAAGUUAAUUAUUGGAUGUUUCUUCGUAAAUGCAGCUUGGAUAAACCUGAUAAUGCUAUUACUAAACCAAACUGUGACCAUGUGUAUAGAAUAUUACUGCGAAUGAGAUCUCAAAUUUUAUUCUACUUCGGAGCUUUACGACAACAGUUUCUAGCAAACGACCCACAAAAAGCAGGAUUAAUCGAUGCUACAAAAUUCAAGAAGAUUUUGAAUGAUUUUGCCAUCUGUCUCAGUGACGAAGAUUUCUUUAUCAUCUGUAAACAUUUCGAUCCUGUUUUAAGCGGUUCCAUUCCCUACGUCAAUUUUCUACAGUCUUUCGCUCAUCCAAAUUUUUAA